GGAAUAACGUGCGUACUUCGUGCAAAUCAUUUGAUGAGAAAUUGUAAGCAGUCAAUAAAAACAAUAACAUAAGUAAAAAAAAGGAAAAACCAUGUUAUGUUUCAACUUUUUUUUGCUAAUACUGCUUCCAUUAAUUAAUUUUGACGUUGGUGAUGCGCACACUGGAAUAAAAAAUAAUUCUACAACAGUACCUACUUUAUGUAAUCAAUGCUUGGAAUCCGAUUCGUGUCAAUCCAACUUGACUUCGGACGUUUAUCAUUGUGAUGAAACAUACUGUAUACCAAAAUCGUUUGUUUGCAACGGCAUACCGGAUUGUCUUCAAGCCCAAGAUGAAGCUGUAACUGAAUGUGGAUGUUUACAAAACGAGUACAAAUGUACAAACAAAUGUAUUGAACUGGUGAAACGGUGUGAUAAGAUUGCUGAUUGCGAUGGGGGAGAAGACGAAAAAGAUUGCAAAACACAUGUUUGUCCAACAACACAUUUUAAAUGCGCAAAUUAUUUUUGUAUACCCACUGAUAAAGCAUGUGAUUUUAAAGAUGAUUGUGGUGAUGGAUCAGAUGAACUUCAAUGCAAGCACAGAGAAUGCUGGCACGGAGAAUUUAAGUGUAAAAAUUCAGAAUGUAUUCGUCCCGGAUAUCUGUGCGACGGUGAAGUUAAUUGUGCAGAUGGUUCCGAUGAAGAAUACUGCGAAACAAGCGAUUUUAUCAAGUGUGGUGGAAGUCAUUCGGUACACUCGACGUUUUGGUGCGACGGAUGGCCAGAAUGUGUAGACAAUCACGCUGACGAGUUAUUGUGUAACGCUUCGUGUGCGGGGAACAAGUUUCAGUGUCCAAACGGAAGAUGUAUUAACGACGCCAAUGUAUGUGAUGGACAAUGCGAUUGCUUGCCAAGUAUCGAUGGAAAUUGUGCCGAUGAGAUGAAUUGCACGAAGUUUUAUAACAAAACCGAUGAUGUAAUUGUGUGCACAACAGGAUCAACGCUCAGUUGUUGGAUGCCCGGGGGAAAUCCUUCGCGUUGCAUACGCCAAAAAUAUAUUUGUGAUGGGCAAAAUGACUGCUUUAAUGGAUUUUCAAUUUCAGACGAAUUCGGCUGUGAAAAGCCAAAUUCGCAUUUAAACGACGAAUUUUUCCGGUGCCAGGACGGCAGGUGGUUGCCGUUUAAACACCGUUGUAACUUCAAAGCGGAAUGUUUAGACGGUGACGAUGAAAUGGAUUGCGAAGUUUCGUUACCCUGUGGUGAAGAACAGUUCAGGUGUGCUAGUGGCGAAUGUGUGAAAUCCGAAAACCGCUGCGACGGCCGUACCGACUGUUGGGAUAAGAGUGACGAAAUUGGAUGCGCGUCCGUACCGUGUCCCGGCGAAAACUGGUCGAGGUGCAAGAUUGGCAAACAGUGCGUGCCAAUGGAAAAAUGGUGUGAUUAUAGGGUCGACUGUAUGGACGGUUCUGAUGAGAAAAACUGCGAUUAUAGGUUAUGCAAAGCUGACGAGUUCCGAUGUGAUAGUGGUCAAUGUAUUCCUUUAGAGUAUAAAUGUAAAAAAUAUCGAGAAGAACAAAUGGGUUGUGUAGACAAGUCGCACCUAAGAAAUUGCGUCGAUUCUAAAUGUGCUGAAAAUGAAUUCAAAUGUCAUCGGGGGCCUUGUAUUCAUCAGUCUAUGGUGUGCGACGGGCAAUUGGAUUGUGAUUUGACUUGGGACGACGAAGACAAUAAUUGUUAUUUCAUGUGCUCGGAUAUAGCAUCUGGCUGCCAGUGCCAAGAUGUCCAUAUAAAUUGUACCGGUCAUGGUCUUGAUCAAUUUCCAUACGACGUCGAAAAAGAAAUCACCUUUUUUCAUUUGGGCGGUAAUAAUUUUUUCGAGGGCCUUCAUGAAAAUACAUUUGAACAUUUGGAUCGCUUGGUUUAUUUAGACCUGAUGAAUAACUCAAUAAAACAUUUGGAGCCAUUAGUGUUUUCCACGCUUUGGCGUUUGAAAACAUUGAACUUACAAAAUAAUGAAAUAACAAUUUUGCGAAAUUGUUCGUUUUUGGGACUCGGUCAGCUGACGGGAUUACACUUACAAGGGAACAAUAUCUACAAGUUGAGCUCAAUGGCAUUUCAGGGUCUAUCUUCUUUGAUUACACUUGACUUGAGCCAUCAGAACAUUACGGAUAUAGAAUCGGAGGCUUUCGUUGGUCUUCGAUCGUUAAAAAGUUUAGACCUAUCACAUAACUCGCUCACUCAUAUACGGGACGGCACGUUUCGCGGGAUGCCCCAAGUUGUAUUUUUAAACCUUAAGAAUAAUCAAUUGAGAGUCAUAGACAAGAACGUUUUUUUCACCAUGCCGUUACUCGAAACACUGUUUACCGACGAGUUUCGUUUCUGCUGCUUGGCCCGGUACGUGAAACAGUGCGAACCGCUGCCCGACGAGUUCAGCUCGUGUGAGGAUCUGAUGUCCAAUAUCGUGUUGCGGGUGUGCAUUUGGAUACUGGCCGUGGUCGCGAUCACCGCCAACCUGUUGGUGAUCGUGUUCCGGGCCAAGUACAAGCACACCAACCAGGUGCACUCAUUCCUUAUCGUCAACUUGGCGUUGGGUGACUUUCUGAUGGGCUCGUAUCUGCUGGUGAUCGCCGUGGUUGACUGGUACUACCGCGGCGUGUACUUUAUCCACGACUCGGACUGGCGACGGAGUUCCAUGUGCAACGUGGCUGGUUUUAUAAGCACGUUUUCCAGCGAGCUGUCCGUGUUCACGUUAACCGUGAUCACUCUGGAAAGGUUAUUGGUAAUCAUAUUUCCGUUCAAAGUCCGACGUUUGGAAAUGGAUUUUACACGCAUACUGAUGGCUGUGUGUUGGUUGCUAGCAAUAAUUAUAUCUGCUAUUCCUCUCUUCAACAUUCAUUAUUUCAGAAAUUUUUAUGGACGGUCUGGCGUAUGUUUAGCCUUGCAUAUUACUCCGGACAAACCCAACGGCUGGGAGUAUUCUGUAUUCAUAUUUCUAUUCGUUAAUCUGGGAUCGCUGCUGUUGAUAUCUGGAAGCUAUCUUUGGAUGUUUUUCGUCGCCAAGAUGACUCAUCGCGCCACCGAGACUCUAAUCCGACAUCGGUCCCUCAGCGAGUCUGCGAUGGCCUGGCGGAUGAGUCUGUUGGUGGCUACGGAUGCCGCGUGCUGGGUGCCCAUCAUAGGAUUAGGAUUAUGGUCUUUGGCUGGAUUCACCGUGCACCCACAAGUGUUCGCUUGGGUGGCUGUUUUCGUGUUGCCUUUGAACGCGGCGGUAAACCCGGUGCUUUACACACUGUCCGCGGUUCCGAUAAUCCGUCGUAGUGUUGUGUCAAACAGGAGGGCGGUGUCGCUCAGACGGUCUGUGACUAACGACCCAAAUCGCACAAUGUCCACGACCAUGGUGCCAUCUACUGUGCAAUAUAACGGCGAUAAAGUGACUUUUUCAUUAAUAACCAAAAUCCCAUCCAGAGGUCCGGAAAUCGUCGAGACAGAAAUGACCGCAAAUGGCCGAUCGAUCGCAUUUGGAAAAAUGAUAUGAAUAAUAAUAGUACUGCAAUUAUUUAUUACGUGGUAUCUGGUCAGUGGUAUAUUUAAAUUGGCUUUAGGUGACUGGACGUCUGUGUUCGUAUUAUAUACCCAUAUAUAUAUAUAUAUAGGUUCUACGUUGUAAAAUAUUUACAAAUAAUAUAUGUAAUUAUCAUUCCGCAUUCGUGUUGAACAUUUGAAAUAAUCAUAUACUCAUCCUUUUGCUCAAACAUUGUAAAUUCACUAGAGACAUUAAAACGCACAUAGUGAACGUGUGCACUAUACUGUUAUUAUUAUUCUAUAAUAUUAUACUCUAUUCAAGUUGAGUUUACUGGCUUUUACGCAUGCCCACCGAGUACCACUACCGUGAAAACGAUGUGGCACCACUCUGUGCUCACUAGUACGCAUACACCCCGUGAUGCCGCAAUGUUCUACACCAGCGGCCGUAGUAAAUUACAUAAUAUUAUUGUAUUUUUAUUUGUGGUUGGGGGGUGUUUGGCGACCAGUUUUUUGUUAGUCGAGUAGGUUAUUGACUUGAAUAGAGGAUAAUGUACUAGUAUGUACAAUGUAUAUUAAAUUCUAUAAGUCUAUUAUAUUAUCUUACGAAUUUUUAAUUUGUUUUAUGAUUUUUUUGAUUUUUUUUCUAUGGCUUAUUUUUUUUUUAAUACUUUUUUAAUCCACUUACCUGACAUGCUAUGAUUUUAAAUAUUUUAUUGUUAAUUACAUUAUGUUGUCAUAUUAUUGUUCAUUAUACUUGUUCACAUUUCCUGCAUCAUAGAUUACGAUAAUUAUGAAUAAGUACAAAACAUGUACAACAAUAUAAUAAUAAUGUAAUAUACCUAAUAUCUUUCCAUUUUAUUGGGACAGUAUAUUUAUUUUUAGUUAUUAUAACCCGUUUAAAUAUAUUAAAUGUUUGUG